AGAUAAUGUCAGUAUCAUAGAAUGAUGUAAUGUUUAUUUUUGGUUAGAAAUAUCGCCAGCUGUCAGAAUAAAAAUCAAGAAUCAAGGCAAGAAUUUAGCCACGUUGGAAGGUUUUGAAUAAUAUUGUUUUAAGUAACAAUAAAAUAGGAAUUAUAUUGAAGACGUUUUACAUGUUCAAAUAAACAAUUCGGCGUUUUCACCAUGAAAGUGAAAGAUUUGGAAAGAACUGCCAAUGUGGCAUGGAGCCCGAAAAACUGCAACCCCAUAUAUUUAGCCGCAGGAACCGCCGCUCAACAGCUAGACGCUUCCUUCAAUACAAACGCCGCUCUAGAAAUUUAUUCUUUGAACUUGACAGAGCCAGGUUUGGACUUGAAACAACACUGUUCUGUUCCUAGCGAGCACAGGUUCCAUAAAUUAAUUUGGGGUGCCACAAGUGCCGCCCAAGGUACAAUAAUUGGAGGUUGUGAUAGCGGCAUCAUCAAAAUUUACAACGCUACCAAAUUAUUAAAUAACGAGAAUGGGUUAGUUAUGCAACAAGAUAAACACAAUGGGCCAGUUCAUUCCUUGGAUUUCAACCCAUUCCAACACAAUUUGUUCGCGACCGGUGCUAGCGACUCUGAGAUAUUCAUUUGGGAUAUGAAUAACUUACAAACACCAAUGUCGCCUGGCAGCAAACCUCAACCGUUCGAAGAUGUUCUAUCCCUAUCUUGGAACAGACAAGUUCAACACAUAUUAGCCUCCACUUUUGCCUCGAAAUGUGUGAUAUGGGAUUUGAGGAAAAACGAACCGAUCAUAAAACUCACAGAUACCGUUUCCAGGAUUAGAUGGAAGGUAGUAGCUUGGCAUCCCGAAGUCGCUACUCAACUUUGUUUGGCCUCCGAGGAAGAUCAUUCCCCAGUAGUCCAAAUAUGGGACUUGAGAUUCGCCACGUCCCCCUUGAAAACUUUGGAAAACCACGAGAGAGGCGUUCUCUCGGUGGCUUGGUGUUCCGACGACCCCGAUCUCUUAGUCAGUUGCGGAAAGGACAAUCGGAUAUUGUGUUGGAACCCCAGUUCCAGCCAGCCCAACGGUGAAGUCUUAUCCGAAAUAGCCAAAACCAACCAGUGGAAUUUCGACGUAGUCUGGUGUCCCAAAAAUCCUGCCAUCAUUGCUUGUCCCAACUUCGACGGUCAUGUGUCUGUCUACUCCUUAUUAGGUGGUAAAACACAACAGUUCCAAACUUCUGAUAAAAUAGCCGACAGCUUUCCUGGGAUGGACGGCUAUGCAAAAGCACCGGUCCAAACUCAAAAUGUGGGGCCUGUGAGCGUCGAUUUACCCAAACCCCCCAAAUGGAUGAGGAAACCUGUUGGGGCCAGCUUUGCCUUUGGUGGAAAAUUGAUUUCAUUCGAAAACGAAAAACCCUCAACGCAAAUCCAAUCGAAUCAAAACGGGAACGUGUCUCCCCCUAGUCGGACUGUCCACAUAAGCCAAAUAGUGACCGAAGAGGAUUUAGUCAAAGACUCUGUCGUCAUGGAAGAAAUUUUGGAACUGGGAAAUUUCGCCGAGUAUUGCAGGGACAAGGCCGAACAUGCGGAAGACCAACAUAAGAAAUACAUCUGGAAUUUUAUCAGAGCGCAAUUUGAUGAAAAUCCAAGGGCUGAGAUACUGAACCUGUUGGGUUACAAGAUCGAAGACGUGAAUAAUCAUCUGAACGAAAUAGUCGGGAGAAAUUUGAACAAUGAGAAAGAUUUGUGCAAUGAUUUCUCUAAUAUGAACAGGAUUGAAGAUUUCGAUUCGAUAAACGACGAUCAAAGCAAUAAGAAGCCGGUCCAACCGUUUAAAAUUCACGUAGGAAAUGAUACUGAGGGUUUGAUUACGCAGGCUCUUCUACUGGGAAAUGUAGAAGCAGCGGUAGAAUUGUGUCUGAAAGCUAAAAGAUAUACCGAUGCCAUCAUCAUAGCUAUGUCGGGUGGUUCGGAUCUAUUGGCAAGGACACAACAGAAAUAUCUGGAACAGAGCGAGGGAUACAUAUCUUCUUUGAUAUCUGCGUUGGUUACAGAUAAUUGGAGGUCUAUAAUUGAGAACUGUGAUAUAACCAGUUGGAAAGAAGCCUUAUCUGCUGCGUUAACCCAUGCCUCGGACGAGGAUCUACCACAAUUAUGCGAAAAUUUAGGGUUCCGUUUGGAAAAGGAAGCUAAAGACCAAGAAUUAGUCAACAACGCUCAUCUAUGUUACAUAAGCUCCGGAAGUCUUGAAAAAUUAGUGAAUUCUUGGAACGGCAACGUGAACACAUCUACCAAAGAUCUAAAAGAACUGGUGGAACUUGUCAUUCUAUUAGAAAAAGCUAUGGAAAGACAAGGACGACAAGUAUCACUACAGGGACCUGUGAGCGAUUUGUUAUCCAACUACGCUUUGAUAUUAGUCUCGCAAGGGUGCUCCAAGGAAGCCUUAACCUAUUUAGGAUCGUCGAAGAGCGAGAAACUGAACGAGUUGAGAGACAGACUGUUGGUGCAUCUGGGUCAAAAACCGGCCUACGGACAACCGGUCCGACAGCAGAGUCGUCACAGCGUCGGAAGACAGUCCUUCACCAACUACCCGUCAUACGGCACAACGAAUCAGUUCAACCAACCGAACAACCAGUUCGGAAACGUGGUUCCGAACCAGUUCGGAACGACGGCCUCGAAUCAGUUCGGCGGUCCGCCCCCCUCCAAUCAAUUCGGAGUACCUGCUCCGAACCAGUUUGGGGUCCCGGCGCCUAACCAGUUUGUGGCUCCUCUUCCGAAUCAGUUCGGAAUGACGGCUCCAAGUUAUGCAGGCACACAGAAUCUGGUUAAUCAAGGGAUCGAUAAUGAUAGUUCCAAGUCCCAACCAUGGCAGAAUCCUGGUAUGCCUCCAGUUCCGAAAUCACUAACCCCCACAUCGAAACCGCCUAGUAUUAAAAAUAGCAGCACUAAUGCAACCGGUCUGCCCCAAAGAAAAUACAUAUUAGAUCCAUCUGUUACUUCGAACCAAUACAAUAGUGCCUUAACGAGGAAUCCGACUCUUCCAAAUCAGCCGAUGGGAAAUUUCAAUAGCCCCCAACAGACUUACAAUAGUCCGUCUAUGUACACGUCUCCUUUGCCCAUGGCCCCUCAAAAUUUCAAUCCUUCUCCCCUAGUGUCUGCUCCGCAGACCGGAUACGGUACUAAUUUCAACACAGCACCUCCCCUGUCGCCCAGCCAAACACCGGUCGCUCAAGAGGCUCUGGAAACGAACAACAUGUCGGCCCCGGUAGCAUCAGGUUGGAACGAUCCACCAACGUUGUACAGAAGCUUGAAGAAUCAGGUUAAAAAAGACCUACCUCAAAAAAUGGACCCUAUAACCCAUCCCUUCAACGAACCGAUCAGUCAACCUUUGCCAGUACAAACGGGUUGGCACGAAAACGUUCAGGCAAAUCCCAUGGAACCGCCUAGGAUGUUUCAGCCACCGCCAGCGGAUUUCGGAAGUAUCGGUGGACCACCGCCUUCUUUCAACACCGAAUUCAACAGAAAUGCCGUGACUCCGAACGUUGCGAACGAAAUUCCCGAGGUUAGGAAGAAGGAACAGCCUGUGGUCAAGGCGCCCCUGCCAAAUGCGCAUGCUCGCAUUCAAAAGUCGCUGGAUAGGCUGAGAGAUUGUUGCGCUAUGGCCUGUAAUCAACCGCAAAUGAAGAAAAAAAUAGACGAUAUUGGGAGGAAGCUAGAAAUACUGUAUGACAUGAUCCGUGAAGAAAAGCUAUCUCCAGAUACAUUAGGCUCUCUUCACCACUUGACAAUGAUGAUCGAACAGAGGGAUUAUGCAGCCUGUCUUGAUGUCCAUACGCAGUUGGUGUCCGGACCAGACUUCGCGCAAAUAGCUAGUUUUAUGCCAGGAUUGAAACUUCUAGUGUUAUGUGCUACCCAGAAUCAAGUGUAUAUCUAAAUAGAUUUGAGUGAAAUACUUUCCAUUUGAAUGCAAAUGUAAUAUAAUCAUCUUACUACUUCAAUGGGCGAUAUUUCAACUCGUUUAUGUUGUUAAUUAUGAGUGUGUAACUUAAAUUUAUUUGCAAUGGUUUGAAAAUUUUUAAUAGAUAUGUAUUGAAAUGAUUUUUCAUUACUAAUAUUAUUUAAAAUAGCUAAAUAUUAUAUAUAUUUCCCGUUUAUGAAUUGCAUAGUUUGUAAUGAACUACAUUUAUAUUUUUUAAUAAACGAAAGCGAUAUACUGACGUCAA